AUGACGUCGCCGUCGCCGCAGCAUCCCAUCCCCCGCAAACUGUGGGAGCAUCCGGACCCGGAGAGCACAGAUAUGUGGAAGUUCAAGCUCAGCUUGGAGAGGGCCACGGGGAGGAAAUUCGAGAACUACGACGCCUUGUACAACUUCUCCGUCACCCACCGAUCGGCCUUCUGGCGCCAUGUCUUCGGAUAUUUCCCCAUCGUCUACUCUGGCACCGUUCCAGACCCCGUCGUCGACGAAUCCGCCCGCAUGGACUCCAUCCCGCGCUGGUUCACGGGCGUGCGCAUGAACUUUGCCCAGAACAUCCUCUUCUCUGGCGACAAGGACGGACGGCCGGUCAUCGAUGCCGCAAAGGCGGACGACAAGAUUGCUUGCAUUGAGGUCCGGGAAGGCUGCUUCUUAGAGCCCAUCAGGCGCGUCACCUGGAGGGAGCUGAGGCAGAGGGUCGGCAGGUUAAGUCAGGCGAUGAGGGCUCACGGAGUCAAGAAGGGAGAUCGCGUCGCGCUGGUGGCCAGUACCUGUCUUGACACGCUGACAGUCUUUCUCGCGACGACGACGCUGGGCGCCCUCUUCAGCAGUAGCUCGACGGACAUGGGCGUCAAGGGGAUCCUGGAUCGACUCACCCAGAUCAAGCCUCGAUAUCUGUUCAUGGACGACUGGGCCGUGUACAAUGGCAAGAAGAUCGAUCUGCGGCCCAAGAUGAAGGACAUCAUGGCCGGAAUGCAAGGUGUGGACGAGUUUCAAGGCAUUAUCUCGCAAGCUCGCUUCCAGCAUUCGCCCGCGGAUAUUUCGAGCGUGCCGCGAGCCAGGACGUGGGCGAAUUUCAUCUCUGCCGCAAAGUCUGACAAGUUGGAGUUUGAGGACACGGACUUUGCAGACCCUUUUCUGGUGGUCUAUUCCUCGGGGACGACAGGGCAGCCGAAAUGCAUUGUGCAUGCGAUCGGAGGGGUCGUCGUCUCGGGCCACAAAGAGUACAGGCUGCACAGGUGCAUCAACGCGAACUCGAGACAACUGCAAUACACCACGACGGGGUGGAUCAUGUAUCUGGCCAGCGUGCAGUCUUUGAUCACAGGAUGUUCCAUGGUCAUGUAUGACGGGAGUCCCUUUGUGCCCAACCUGACAAAUCUGCUCAAGUUGGUGGCACAAGAGAAGGUGACGCAUCUGGGUAUCAGUCCGAGAUACCUGCAGACACUGCAGACCAACGGCGUCAUACCCAAGAAAGUGGCAGAUCUGAGCAAUCUCAAGGUCAUCACCAGCACGGGUAUGGUCCUGUCGGAUCAACUGUUCGAAUGGGUCUAUGACGAAGGGUUCCCGCCUUCGGUACAGUUGGAUAACAUCUCAGGCGGAACUGACCUCGCAGCGUGCUUUGGGACAGGCAAUCCAAUUCUGCCACUAUAUGUUGGCGGUUGCCAGUGUCUUUCUCUGGGUGUCCCGGUCAAGGUGUACGAUCAGACCGUCGAGGGUCGUCAAGGAGUCGAAGUCGAAGAUGGAGUGCCUGGCGAACUGGUCGCGAAUCAAGCAUUCCCAACGAUGCCCAUCACCUUUUUGGGGGAGAAUGGCCCGCAGCGCUACUUUGACAGCUACUUUGCACGAUUUGAUAAUGUGUGGACACAUGGCGAUUUCAUUAUGAUCCAUCCAGACACGAAACAAGUCAUGUUCCUGGGCCGGGCUGAUGGCGUGUUGAACCCCAGUGGCGUCCGGUUUGGCUCUGCCGAGAUAUACAGCAUCAUCGAAGCCAAGUUUGCGGACAAAAUUAGCGACAGCAUCUGUAUUGGGCAGAGGAGACCGCAAGACCAAGAUGAGAGGGUGAUAUUGUUCCUAUUGAUGAAGCCGGGUCAUGCAUUCACGCCUCAGCUCGUCAGAGAAGUCAAGGAGGCCAUCCGAAAGGCCACCAGUCCCAGGCAUGUGCCCAAAUUUGUUUUUGAGACCAAAGAAAUUCCGACGACGGUCAACCUGAAGAAGGUCGAGUUACCUGUGAAACAGAUCGUCUCGGGCAAAGUCAUCAAGCCUUCUGGCACGCUCCUGAAUCCCGAGAGUCUGAACUAUUACUAUCAGUUUGCCAAGGACGAGAACCUGGUUGACGUGACCGAGCCAAAGGCGAAACUGUAG